CAUGUUCUGAAACUUUUUUGACAUGUCAUUGUUUUCUCUGGUAUUCGCCUCCUCCUCACAUCCACCAUGCAAACCGCCAUUGAAGAAACAGCCUGACGAGGCCACGGUCGUCGGGCAAGAGGAACCACGGGCGACCGCGCCACCGCCAACGACGCCGGGCCGGAGGAAUUGAUGAGAUGGAGAAGGUGGACUGCUAUGUUGUGCCGCAGACCACGGGCACCAGCCGGAACAUCUUCCAGGGCGGCAGCCCGCUGUCGUCGUCGCUGCCCCUCCUCGGCGUGCAGCUCGUCCUCAUCGUCGUCGUCACCCGUGUCCUCUACCUCCUCUGCAGGCCGCUCAAGCAGCCCCGCGUCGUGACCGACAUCAUGGCCGGCAUUAUACUUGGCCCGUCGCUGCUGUGUCGCUACGAGUGGUUCAAGCAGCUGGUGUUCCCGGCGAGGGGGGAGCCGGUGCUGAACACGGUGGCCACGUUCGGCCUCAUGUACGUCAUCUUCCUCAUCGGCGUGCGGAUGGACCCGAUGCAAGCCCUCCGGUCCGGCAAGAAGGGCGUCACGAUCGGCCUCUCCGGCUUCCUCAUCGCGCUGGGCCUGACGGCGUCGGGGUUUUCCGGCGACGCUCUGUCCAAGGAGGAGGAUCAUAUGUCGACGCGGCUCACGUUCCAGUUCGCGCUCGCGGCCACGCUCUCGCUCACGUCCUUCGCGGUGCUCUCGCCGAUCCUCUCUGAGCUCAACCUCCUCAACUCGGACCUCGGCCGCAUCGCCAUGUCGGCGUCCAUGACCACGGACGGCAUCGCGUGGCUCAUCAUGGUGGGAUACGUGCUCGCCGAGGCCUACCUCGUGUCCCCCGCCACGUCGCUCUGGGCCUUCACGUCGGUGGCGGCGCUCGUCGCCUUCAUACUGCUGGUCGUGCGCCCGAUCGCGCUGCUGGUGAUCGAGCGCACGCCGUCGGGCAGCCCGGUGGACGAGGCGUACGUCUUCUUCUUCCUCCUCAUCGUGCUCCUGGUGGGGCUCUACAGCGACAUCAUCGGGACCAACUCGUUCCACGGCGCGCUCAUGCUGGGGCUGGCGAUCCCCGACGGGCCGCCGCUGGGCACGGCGCUCGGCGAGAAGAUCGAGGCCAUGGUGACCGGGCUGAUCCUGCCGCUCUACUACACCAUGACCGGGCUCAGCACCGACAUGUGGGAGAUACACUGGGGGAGGCUGCAGUUGAUCCUGCUCCUUGGGUGGUUCGGGAAGCUCGCCGGCGUCCUGGCGUCGUCGCUGUGCCUUGACAUCCCGCCGCUGGACGCCGUGUCUCUCAGCCUCUUCAUGAACUCCAAGGGCAUCGUCGAGGUCAUCACCUUCAGCUUCUUCGUCACCAAUAAGCUGAUCGACAAGCACAUGUUCAGCGAUCUGGUGUUCUCGUCGGUGAUGAUCACGGCGGUGUCGGUGCCGGUGGCGAGCUGUCUGUACGACCCGGCGCGGCGCUACGCCGUGUACAAGCGGCGCACGGUGCAGCACCUCAAGGCGGACGCCGACCUGCGGAUCCUGGCGUGCAUCCACGACGAGUCCCACGUCCAGGGCACGCUGUCGCUGCUGGAGGCGUCGCACGCCACGCCGCAGACGCCCGUCGCCCUCUGCCUCCUCCAGCUCGUCGAGAUCGCCGGCCGCUCCGCGCCGGUGUUCAUACCCCACAAGCUCCGCCGGAGCGCCUCGUCCAGGAUCGGGCCGACGUCGUCGGCCAGCGCGCAGUCCACCGACUCGGACCGCAUCAUCAACGCCUUCCUCCAGUACGAGCAGCGGCACCCGGAGGGCGCCGUGUCCAUGCAGUCCUUCACCACCAUCUCCCCCUACUCCUCCAUGCACGACGAGGUGUGCCGCCUGGCCGUCGACAAGCGCACGUCGCUCAUCCUCCUCCACUACCACAAGCGGCACAUGCUGGCCGGCGGCAUGCGCGCCGCCAUGGGGCUCCGCGUGGUGAACCGCAAGGUGCUGGAGGUGGCGCCGUGCUCCGUGGGGGUCUUCGUCGACCGCAACGCCGGGAGCGUGCAGGAGGAGCUGGUGGGCGACAUGGAGAAGAUCGUGGAGGUGCUGAGGGGGCUCGACAAGGCCGGCUACGACCUGGUGAUCGUCGGCAUGCGCCACAGGUGGUACCCGGUGAUGUCGGCCAACGGGCUGUCGGACUGGAGCGAGUGCCCGGAGCUGGGCGUCAUCGGCGACCUGCUCGCGUCGUCCGACUUCGACACGCCCUACUCGGUGCUCAUCAUGAAGCAGCAGGACCAGGGCGGGCUCAACGCCGCCGUGCCGGGCGCCCAGGACGUGUGGCACGGCGACGACGGUGCCGCGGCGCCGACGCCGGAGCGGGUAAUGACCACCGCCGUGUCUAGCAGAUACCGGCAGUAGGCCGGCGUGGGGACGAGCAGCGCUGACGUGAUCUUGACCUUUGCAUCUGUAGAUGUUGACCUGUCUAGUUCCUAGCAUCACUCCUAGCAUACCUGAUGAUUCAGAUAGACAUUUUUCAGUUCAUCGCUUCGCCGUUCGUAUAUGUUGUGUACAGUAUUGUACUCCCUCCGGUCCUUUUUACUCUGCACAUUGGA